UCCCUUUUCAUUGUGUGUUCGCAGUAAUAAUUUUGUGUUGAAGAAACUACGCGAUAUGUUAUCGUGAAAAUGCAUCGUCACCGUUCGCUGAUUAUCAGAUCAAGUGCAGCAAAAAGAAGCAGAAAUAUCAAUUAUUUCCUGGUUUUCGUGCGAUUAUCGAACACCCAAUUCGAAGCGAAGCAUUCGGGGAGUGAAAACUUAGUGCCCGAUAAGAGGACAGCAAGAGUACAAAGCUAAUGGCGAAAAACCGAUCCCGUUAUUACAAAUAACAUUGGAAUUUGCAUAACGCCGUACGCGAUAGGGGAGCUGAGAGGAGAUUCGAACAUCACCCUUCUAAUCACCUGAUUCGGUAAAUUUGGUUUCUUGCGUGAUCGCUACUGUAACGUCUUAAGUGGCUUCUCGAGUGAUAACUUUUAUGUCUCUACCGGAUUCUUCGCUAGCAUGUUUAAUGGCAUCAGACAAAAAUGCAAAGAUAACUAUUAUGAACGAUACCUGGCGAGGAUUUAAGAACAGUGCGAUUAUGGAAUGAUGACCUUAGCUGCUGAUUUUGUUGUGAAAUAAGUGAAAAAGAAACACUGUUUUUAGAAAAACGUGAAUUUUACUGUUGGAUGGAAGAUUAUCAAUAACUGCGGACUGCUGGCCGGCAGAGCCGUAUAUAAUUAGCGGAUGAAAGUGUGCUGAACAAAAAAGAAGAAUGGGUGCAAAGGAUUCGAAGCCAUCGUGCAUCAGCUACGAGGAGGCAGUCAAAAGAGUUACGGAAUUUGAGCUACGGCGAAUUAAAGAUGCAUUCAAGCGAUCAGCCGGCACCAGUGGAACCGUUCUUAGCAAGAGCGCUUUUGUGCAGGAUGUCCUCGGCGAUGGAGUUCCGACAGUGGUCGCCGAUUGGCUGUAUUCGGCCUGCGGUGGAACGGUAAAAGGCAUUGCCUUCAAAGAACUCCUCUGCGGGCUGGUGCUGUUAACGAAAGGAACCCAGGAGGAGAAGAUCAGAUUUCUCUGGACCCUGUACUGCAACGACUCUGGUACACACAUUUUGAAGCAAGAUUUCCAAAAAGCCAUGCAAAUUGAAACUUCGUACCAAAGCAAUAUACUGAGCGCCACCAGCUCCGGCAGUAGCAGUUUUAGUGCCAAUCCCACCCUAGGUAAUAAUCAACCGACCGUAGUGAACAAAAGCAACAGUCUGCCCAAGUACACGAUAGCCCUGUUCGGACCGAAUGAUCGGGUCACCUUCGAUCAGUUCAAAUCGUGGAUUCAAAUCUACAAGGGGGCCACCGUGUUAUCCAAGUGGUUACUUCAGGAUGCUUGUGUGAACCUCAGCUCUGAGCUAGAAACUCCCACCUUUUAUCAAAGUUUGGCUGGAGUUACUCAUCUGGAGGAGCAGGAUAUUGGCGACUUGGAAAAGGUGUUCUGGCUACUUAAGGGUUUAACUGGUCAGCUCGAUUUAGAAUCACUUGGCCCACUGAUCUGUCCUCCGGUGCCAAAGGCUGCUUUGAAUGGAGUCUUUCUAGCGUUCGAUGAGAACCAUGAUGGUCACAUCGAUUUUAAAGAGCUAUGCUGUGGCGUCAGUGCCGCAUGCCGUGGUCCUAACGUGGAGCGAAGCAAGUUUUGCUUCAAGGUUUUCGACAUUGAUCGCGACGGGGUGCUAAACUACGUGGAGAUCAACAAAAUGGUGGAUAUUUUGCUGUUUGUAGCCAAAGAGACAGGUUCUGGAUAUUACCGGGGAUUCACCACUAGGAAGAUGUUGGAGGAAUUGUACCAGCGUGCAAUGAAUGCCAGUCAGAAUGUUGGUGAAACGGAAACUAAAAUGGAAGUACCAGAUCCAGUGCCAGAUUUUCGAUUCACCCAAGAGGACUUUUUAAUUUGGAGCAUAGAAAGUUCUAGCAAUUUGGUUCAACCCUUUUUGGAUCUUCUAUUCGAGGUGUGCCACAUUGUGCUGGGUCUUCGUCCGCAGUGCAAACACUUAGAGGGAGAUAUUGUCCGAGGCUGGUUAUCACGAGAGGUUCGAAGAGGCUACAAAGUCGGCCAGUUCUGGUAUUUGAUUUCGUCGGAUUGGUGGCAAUAUUGGAAUCAAUACACGCAGCCUUCGGUUAACUCAGCAUGUGUUCAUUGCAAAAUUGCUUCUACUUACUCAAUUAAUAGGAAAAACAUUACUGCUGCUAUUGUAGGAGUGGACGAAGCGAUGAUUUGUGAUGAAAGUUUUACCUCAAACUCCACUGAAAGCAUGGGAGAUUUGCUUAACACGGGAGAUUCUUCAAGUUUAGGUAGUGGUAGUAGUGGUAUUUCAUGCGGACGGCAACCAGGUGGCCCUCCUGGAGUGAUAGACAAUAGUAGUCUUAUUGCACCUAUCAUAUAUAAGCAGAUACCAACCCUUACAGGAGAAGGUGGCCGAUUAAAACGAGAUUUGACGCUUGUGCAGCAUCGAGACUUUGAACUAGUUCCAGACUCAUUGUGGAAAGCUCUCAACCAGUGGUAUGGUGGACCACUGCCUCUUCCUAGGCAAGUUAUUCAACCUCUGAAUAUGGGUGAUGUAGAACUUGAGCUGUACCCGUUAAAUCUACGAAUAUUGCGCCAUCAAAGCCCACCUACUCAGCAACAACAGCAAUCUAGCACUGCAUGGGGCAGCAUAUCUGGUGGUUACGGCACUUUGACCACUGGAAGCUACCCAAACGUUUCGUCUGUGUUGCAACCACCAAAAAAAUAUCUCGCCUAUACAGCAGCUUUCAGCCGGUUAGCAACAGUUAAACAAGUGGCUGAAUUUCUCUGCGAGAGACUGAAUCUUAGAGUUGAGGAUAUUCGACUAUGGCAUUUGGUGCCAACUGCAAAUGGGGCGGCAGAAUUUCCAUGCCUGCUGGAGGAAGAUACGUUAAAUCUCCAGGAACUGACGAUCGCAGAUAACGACCAACUGCUUUUGGAAAUCCGCAACAAAGAUCUUACAUGGCCGGAAGAACUGGGUUCGCUGACAUUAGGUCACAGUAACAGCUAUACCAACCUGGAUCGUCGAGGUACUCUGGCGUCCAUUCAAUCACAACAUCCUCCCGGCGCCACCGGACUGCAUAACCUUGGUAAUACUUGCUUCAUGAACGCAGCUUUACAAGUGCUUUUCAACACGCAACCUUUAACUCAAUACUUUAUCAAUAAGAUGCAUUUGUACGAGCUAAACGUUAGCAACAAGCUUGGUACUAAAGGUCAGCUAGCUGUACGGUAUGCAGAGUUACUACGAGAGGUUUGGACAGCUUCUCAACGUUCCAUAGCUCCGCUGAAGUUACGCUUUUGUGUCACUAAGCAUGCUCCACAAUUUUCGGGAGGUGGGCAGCACGAUUCUCAGGAGUUACUCGAUUGGUUACUUGAUUCACUGCAUGAGGAUCUGAAUCGGGUUAUGGAAAAGCCCUAUACUGAGUUGAAAGAUUCAGAUGGUCGUUCCGAUGUGGUCGUUGCUUCCGAAGCAUGGUCUCAACAUCAUGCCCGUAAUCAAAGUAUUAUCGUAGAUCUAUUCUACGGACAGCUAAAGUCCAAGGUGACUUGCAUGGGCUGUAAUCGUGAUUCGGUUCGGUUCGAUCCCUUCAGUUUGUUAAGUCUUCCGCUACCGGUGGAAAAUUAUACCUACUGUGAAAUUUUAGUAACCCUGUUGGAUGGUUCCGUCCCAGUGAAGUAUGGACUUCGUUUGAAUUCGGAAAUGAAAUAUUGGGAUCUGAAGAAACAACUAGCAGAAAUGUGUGCUCUAGAUCCAGAGCAAAUGUUAAUCUGUGAACUUUCCAACUCGCAAAUACGCUGCAUACUACCUAACGAUCAGAAAAUUAAACCAAGCACUGCAUGUGAGCUAUAUGUUUACGAACUACCGAAGCUAGGAAAUGUAUUGGUUCGAUCUCGCGCAGGCUCCGAACUUGCUAUCAAUAUCGAAAAAGGUUUGAAGGAUAUUCAGCGAACACCAGCUCUUCUACUACCGUCACUAGAACCGAAUCAAUUAACGACCAGCUCAGCCCAUACGACCAUCUCUUCAUCGUCAUCGUCGUCGACUACCGUCGAUGAUACGGUGGCCAUCACCGGUGGUGGAUUGCGGCUCGGACCGAACGGGGAAAACCCCUUCAAGGCCCGAUCGGCAUCCAGCGGAACAGCAGCUGGCAAUGUCGGGGCUAGCGGCAGCAACCAUCGCAAGGGCUCCACCACCACGGCAUCGAAGGUAAGCCGGUGCUUUGGCAACACACUGCCCUGCAUGCCCCCGAAUAUGUUGUGCUUCAAGCACAUCCCUGAGAUAAGUGCCAGUCCAGAUAGUACCUUUGUUUUUCAUGAUACGCCGCAGUUCGCGGGAAGUACGUACGUCACGAACACACAGUAUAAGGAACAAAGCUGUAAAACGAUUUCUACGACUAAUUUGCUGAACAAUGUCGACAAUGGUUGGAAUACUUCAGCGGCGAGUGGAAUAUCUAGUGAAGUGGACGAACAGAAAACGCCCUGCAACGAUUGUGAUAUUAUCUAUAAUGGCCAUGCCACCGAUGAGAGUGAAUCGUUCCCAUACGUCGAUAGCAAUACGAUACAUAAUCAGCAUCACUAUCAACCGCACCAACACUCACAAGGUGAAUCGUUCAAUCUAAGUGCAAUUAAGCGACCCCUGAGCUCAGCUGGUGCCAAUACUAGCGGUACAGGUGUUUACAAUGCUCUGUCAAAGAAUAAUUAUUUAAUAGCAGUCCAUCGAAAGCUUAGUAGACAGGAUACCUACUUUCUGUCGCAUCACAAAUCGAGGCCAGGCCUUUUUGGGGUGCCAUUGUUGAUUCCGUGCUACGAUGGAGUGACAAACAAAGAGCUGUACUGUUCCGUUUGGCUUCAGGUAGCUCGGUUAUUGAGUCCACUCCCACCGACUCCACCGGAUCAAUCAAAUCAUGCUACUGACUGUGAUGAUAGUUUAGGAUACGAUUUCCCAUUCACCCUGCGGGCCGUUGCUAGUGGUGGACGGACGUGUGCUCUAUGUCCCUGGUCUCGCUUUUGCCGUGGUUGUGAAAUUCCUUGCAACGAUGAGUUGCUUCUUCAAGGUUUAGUUCACUCCGGCUCUUCUUCCAGUAAUAGUUCCACGCCCAAUCUAUCGUCUCGAGAACAGACUCCUACAUUUCGUAGAAAAACAUACGGAAGCUCGACGACAUCUUCACUGGAAGGUAAUAUAUCUUUAACGACGUCGUUACGACACAUCAACACCAGCCAUAUUCAGAUUGCAAUCGAUUGGGAUCCGACUGCGCUCCAUUUGCGGUACCAGAGUACACGUGAAAGGUUGUGGACUGAACACGAAUCUGUAGCCAUUUGUCGAAGGCAGCGAACGGAACCUGUUGAUUUGGAUCACUGCCUGCGAGCGUUCACCUCCGAAGAAAAACUGGAACAGUGGUAUCAUUGUUCCCAUUGCAAGCAGAAAAAACCGGCCACCAAGAAACUGCAGAUCUGGAAGCUACCGCCGAUAUUGAUUGUGCAUCUUAAAAGGUUCAAUUACGUCAACAACAAGUGGGUUAAAUCACAAAAGGUUGUAAAUUUUCCCUAUGAAGAUUUUGAUCCCACGCCGUAUCUGGCGUCGGUUCCACAAGAAACUAUACUACGCCACAAGGAACUGUUAGAUGGCGGGGGUGGUUAUGAUGGUCGCAAUCACGACUGUCACGACGAGAUUGUUGAGUUUGAUCGGGAAAUGUCCAUGAUCGAUGAAAUCAGCGAUGUAGUAUCAAUAUCGUCAAUCAAAUACGCAAUAGAUGCACAGGAGAAUGAUGAGUGCACAGAGGACGAUCGAAUCGGCGAUGAGAGCAAUUGUAAAAAAGAUGAAAAUAAUGCAAGUAUUAUAGCGGCAAUUGUAGGAACCCAGCCGGUGGCAUGUGCCCGGCAGGAUUGCGCAACGAGUGACGAGAGUCCGACAAAAACGAGAAACAGCAAAAUUAGUGUGGUGUCCGAUGGAAGGCGAAAACGGUUAGUUUCCACCAGUCUAAACAAAACUCCGGUGGUCGAUGGACAAUUCAAAGAUUUUCACAACCACCACUUAAAGUCGGAACGUGAUCCAUUUGAUUUAAAGUACCAACUGUAUGCUGCUGUGUGCCACUCAGGAAUGCUAAACGGUGGGCAUUAUAUUUCAUAUGCGGCGAACCCGAACGGAUCAUGGUACUGUUACAAUGAUAGUUCAUGCCGCGAAAUUCCCAUGCGACCGAAAAUUGAUCCAAGUACCGCUUAUCUGUUGUUCUACGAACGACGAGAUUUGGAUUAUGAACCCUACCUUCCAAAAGUGAACGGCAAGCAUAUUCCGUCGGAGCACAUGGCGGAAUUCGAAGAAAGCGAGAACGAUUUGAAGAAAAUGUGUACAAUCAUGUAGAAGUUAGCUUCAUCAGUGAUAAAGACUCCAGUGCGCAAUUGGGGUGUCGCUAAAUUUGAAAAACUAUUGAGUCUAUCGUUGUCUGCAAGGGGAAAAGUAGGACAUAACAAUGCCAAAAACUAAACAAUGAUGCCGCUGAUAUUGUAUCAAUACGGACAACAGAGUUAAAACACGUGUCUGCGAUUUCGAAAUUGCAUCGCUGUAGCAUAAUGUCUUGGGAGAGGGAACAGCUAAUUUAUAAGAAUAACCUGUUUUCAGUCGCUUGUAUUUCAAAGUAAUAAGAUCAAUCAAAAUCGUAUAAAACAAUCCUUAUAAGUGGAACAAACAACAUUCUUUGUUGUUGGCUUUAGUUGAAAGUAGGUACAUCGUCUUUCGAUUGUCGAUAGGAUUUUCCAACGCGCGUGUAUCGAAUCGAAAUCUAUAUUGUUGAUCUAUGUUUUGUACGUGUCACUAGCUUUAUUAACGCAUUAAGGUAAAAAAUAGGUAAAUCGAUUUUCAGAAGCCUUUAACCAGCAAAAAUUAAAUUAUGAUAUAAUCUAUAGCGUAAGUUGUAUCACAUUAUCAUUCAGUAAAAAAGCAUUCCAAUUUCAAGCUAGUAGAACGGCACUGCAACGAGUGGUAAAAUCGAAACUAGCUUUAAGUGUUAUUCUUCAUUCAAUAGAUACCUGGAUUGUAGUCAAUCAGUACUGUUAGUUGUGGUAAACGAUGGAUAUUAAGCUUUGGCGAACCAGCUUUUUUAUAGAGAGAUAAUGCGCGAAAUAGCCGGUUCCGUUACGUGAACACGAAGCAAUUGAUACCAAAAAGAUAUCGAUUGUUUCACUUAUUAGGCUGCUGCAGAAGCAUGAGGAUCUGUUUUCAAAGAUGUUGAUUAGUUAAUUGUGUCCUUCGAAAGAAGUAAAAGUGAGUUGUUAUUCAAUGUUAUUUUUUCGAUCUUUUAUUUUCGUUAUUUUUAACCGAGCAAAUUGGCGGAAAAUGAUAACUAAUUGCUUCGUUAGUUUUCGUUGUAUUUUAUUACUACUUUUCAUUACUGUAAUACUGAUUGAGAAUAUUAUUCUUUCUGUUAAGUGUCGAAUGUGACUUGGUUGAAGCAAUAUCAAAUAUUGAUGAACCCUGAUUUAA